AUGGCCCUUGAAAAACACCCCGAAGACCCCACCCACGUCGACGCCUCGCCCUCAUCUACUACGACUGCACCACCUCUUGCAAAUGCUCAAUCAUUGCAUACCUCUUCAGAUGAAAACAAGGCAGCUCCUUCCAGCAGUCCUUUUUCCGGCUUUAAGUCUAGCUUUGGAGGCUUGGACAGUGGCUCUGGCUCUGGCUCUGCAGCACGGUCGUCACGGCCUCCUCACAGUGGCGGGGGUUCAUCACUUUUUAGUGGCUCUUAUGGCGGGGCAGGCAGUCCUGGAAUUGAUGCUGCGCGCCAGUACAAUGCCAAUCGACGCACUUCUGUUUCUGCAGAGUCUCUGAACCCGGCCAAUUUCUCGGGUGCGUCCAUUGAGGCGCCUACAUGCAACUUGACCCCCGAGCAGUUGGAACGUCUCAACAAGAGUGUGGCUAAGAACUUUUUGUUUAAUAAUCUGGAUGAAGACUCGCUCCACCGAGUGUUGGGCGCGCUUCAUGAAAAACGUGUUAAGAAGGGCGAGGUCAUUAUCAAGCAGGGUGACGAAGGUGAUUAUUUUUAUGUGGUGGAAAAGGGCUCUGUGCAGUACAUUGUCAAUGACGAGGUGGUGGGCAAGGCUGGUCCUGGUGCGUCCUUUGGCGAACUUGCGCUCAUGUAUAAUGCCCCCCGUGCUGCUACUGUAACUGCUCUUGAGGACAGUGUUUUGUGGGCACUUGACCGUGUGACGUUCCGCCGAAUUUUGCUGGACAAGACGGCGUCCAAACGCAAAAUGUAUGGCGAGUUUCUUAAGGAUGUGCCAAUUCUGAGCACACUGGAUACUUAUCAGCUUAGCAAACUUGCCGAUGCAUUGUCAUCAGAGACAUAUGAAACUGGCCAAGUUGUCAUUAAGGAGGGCGAUGUUGGUGACAAAUUUUACAUUGUGGAAAAUGGCAAUGCUUCUGUCACAAAGAAUGGUGAGGGUAAGGUACAGGAUUUGACCAAAGGCUCUUACUUUGGUGAGGUGGCUUUGCUUAAUGAUCUUCCCCGUCAGGCUACUGUUACUGCUGAAACAAAGCUUCGUGUUGUAUGCUUGGAUAAGGCUGGAUUCCAAAGAUUAUUGGGGUCCGUUGUAGAUGUUCUUAAGGCCCAUGAUCCUACCCAGCAUUAA